UCUCACUCCUCGCUCCCGGCCUCUCGGCGCUUGGGCUUUCCUCCGAUAUCGAAGAGGACGCUCUGAAGCGAAGCAAACAUGAUCGAAGAUGAGACUCUCUUUCGCGGAGCCCUCUUCAGCCUCCUUGCUAUCGCUCCCCCAACCUUCAUUGGCCUCCGAUUCCUCCAAGCUCCAUACGGCAAGCACCACCGUUCAGGAUGGGGUCCCAAUCUUCCUCCACCAUUGGCAUGGUUUCUCAUGGAGAGCCCAACCAUAUGGCUCACCCUUCUCCUCUUCCCUCACGGCCGUCACUCUUCAAAUCUUAGAUCCCUAAUCCUCAUCUCUCCUUUUCUCCUCCAUUAUUUCAAUCGCACCGUCCUCCACCCCCUUCGACUUCUGAAGUCGCCCUCAUCGAAGACCGCGAGCGGGUUCCCGCUGAGCAUCGCAUCAAUGGCAUUCGCCUUCAAUUUGUUAAACUCGUACGUGCAGGCUAGAUGUGUUUCUCACUACAAGGAUUACGACGACGGGGAUGGCUGGUUCUGGUGGCGGUUUUGCGGUGGUGCUGUGGUGUUUGUGUGUGGGAUUUGGAUUAAUGUGUGGGCUGAUAGGGAAUUGCUGAGGCUGAAGCGACAAGGGAAGGGGUAUGUGGUGCCCAGGGGAGGGAUCUUUGAGCUUGUCAGUUGUCCGAAUUACUUUGGGGAGAUAGUGGAGUGGCUUGGGUGGGCAGUGAUGACUUGGUCCUGGGCUGGAUUAGGGUUCUUCCUUUACACUUUCGCGAAUUUGGGGCCUAGGGCGAGAGCAAAUCAUCAAUGGUAUUUGGAUAAAUUUGGGGAAGAUUAUCCUAAGAAUAGGAAGGCCGUUAUUCCCUUCUUGUAUUAAACUUUCAGUAAAAUGAUCAGUUGGCAUCAACGAUGGCUAAUCCUGUUUCGCAUCUUCGAUUCUCAAUUGCAUGUUAUUUACAUUCCCGGAUAUCUUGUACAGGAAGAAACUUCUUUUUAGAGGCCUGGUAAGUUUCCCAUGGGUGAUACCAAUGAUCAACUGCUUUUAAGAUCUAACGAUUAGUUUGUGAGUCCAAUCUGCUUUGUGCCUCUGCUGCUUGAGUUGGUAGAUCCAUAAUGAUAUGCAUUUUUUCCCCCUUUAUUGAACAUUGGGAGCCUUUAACUGGACUAAACGUGAAUCAUCCUUGGAGAAGAACUCCUAAGCAAUCUAGGAACAGCAACUGAAAGCAAGGUUCAUCGAAAUAUGUAUGGGCUAAAAUCAUGUGCUACUGUUGCAUAAUUGUACUGAUGUUUUUAUUUUUAGUCGUUAUGUAACUUCAAACCCUGUGGAUAAGUGCAUGGGACCACAUAGCCUCUGAUUGGUUAACGAGGAUGUUAAUUAUUGUUA